CAGCUUUUUAUUCUGAUAACAUAUUUGUAACGAUAUUUAUUGUUGAUGUGCAUGAAAAAUCUUUUUCUUUUGUUGUUGUAAAAAUAUCGAUAACAAUAUAAAUUAUCGUGAAAUCUCAUAUUUUUGUAUUUGCGAAUAAUAUCCGAAAGGCUGGUAGACUUAUUUAAUAAACUUGUUGAAUAUGUAGUGUUUUUCGUUAAAAUUUCAUAAUAAAAAUGAGUCGUUCCAGUGAAGAAGGAAUUAAUUGGUUCCACCCUGGACUUUCUCGUGAAAAUGCCGAAAGAUUAUUAACAAACGAGUCUUAUGAAGAUGGAACAUUCUUAAUACGGGAAUGCAAUUCAGCAAUAGGAGAUUUCGUACUUACUCUUUUACAUCAGGAGACAGUGUGUCAUUAUCAGAUACGAAGGCAUGGUGGCGACGCAUUUUUCUCCAUUGAUGAUAAGGUAAAGAUUUUGCAUGGUCUGGAGUCUCUUGUUGAGUUUUACCAAAUGGCAGCCAAUGGUCUUCCAACAAAACUUACAAAGUUUAUUAAGAAGGAAUUGCCUCCUAACGAUGCACGUCGUCAUGGUAAUACUAAUUUGUUACAUCGAGCAACCAAGGAGAAUAAUGCAACGAUUGUUGGCGAGUUAUUAAAGUGUGGCUAUCGAAACGUCGAUGCCAAAAACCAGGAUGGCCAAACAGCAUUGCAUUUAGCCGCCAUUCAUAGUGAUCUUGCCAUAUUAAAACUCAUUCUUGCAACUGACGUAAAUGUUAAUUGCAUGGAUGCAUUUGGUAAUAUGCCACUUCAUUAUGCUUGCCGUACAAAACCAGGUGUUUUCAUCAACAAUUUAAUUGAAGCAAACGCAAAUGUGCAAGGUCGUAACAUUAAAAACGGUUAUGUACCAUUACAUGACGCAUGCAAAGCCGGUAAUAUCGAUGCAGUAAAAGUACUUUUAGAAUCAAAUGCACCACUAUUACCACGGACAACUUCUGGAGAAUUUCCGAUUGAUUUAGCUCGUGAAGCUGGAAAGGAGGCUGUUGUAAAAUACCUAACUGACUACAAAUUGCCAGCAGCACAAAGUAAAAGAUGCUUAUGGUAUCACGGUACAUUAACGAGAGAAGAAGCUGUUGAAAGUUUACAGAGAUUUGUUAAAAGAAGAAAUUUUACUGUUAAAGAGAAAAAUGUGAACAACAACCAGCAUCAUGCAGAUAUUUCGAAUGAAGACAUUCGAAUUGACGGUUCGGGAAGUUUUUUAGUUCGCUACUCGGAUCGUUCUGGAUUUGUUUUAACCCUUCUAUUUGAAAGUCAGGUUAAAAACUUCAUAAUAUCACAGUCGUCCAAAUAUUUGUACAUUGAUGAAGGACCAUAUUUGCCAACAUUAGAGCACUUAGUUGAACAUUUUAUGCGUUUUAAUGAUGGACUACCAAUUAAUUUAAAGUAUGCAGUACCACCAGAACCCAAGCCGCCACAACCGCUACUCUCGACCCUACCGAGAAAUAAAUGCCAUAAUAAAAAAAUAAACACACCGAAUUCGUCAAAUGAACAUAUAGGAAAUUUAGAAUUAACCAAAACCACAUGUAAAUCCAACAAAACAAUUUCAAAAACUUUGCCGGAGAAAAAACGUAAAGAAACAACGAAUUUGAUGAUGACUAAUUUUUUAAAAAUAAAAUCGAAAGAUACUCUAAACACUGACGCAACAGUAAAUUCUUGUACGGAAGCAGCAUCACAACAUACGAUAGAAGAAUUUCCGUGUAAAGGUUUAUCAUUUUCUGCAAACUUCGUUAAUUCUGAAAAAAAUAAUAACCCAGCGCUGAACGACAUGUAUAACAUUCCUAGAAAUAAUACAGCUGUAGAAGUGCAAAUUGCGGAUGAGAUUAUUUUAUCCAACAUAGAAUCGAAAUUCAAGGAGAGCGUGAUAAGUUCGGAGGAUUCUACAAACCGACAUUACAAACAGACAAAUGAAGCAAAAGAACUAAUAAAGAUUGAUUCUGAUGGAGAUUCUAUACAAAGGCAGUGUGUGGCACAAAAGCAGUUGGAAUGGUUUGAUCCCACAUUUAUUCCAAAUGGGGAAAAUGAAAAAGAAAUCUUCAGUUAUUUCAUUUCUUACGAAAACAUAGAAUUGGGAAAGCUGAUUGGCGAAGGCGAAUUCGGAUCCGUUUAUCGUGGUUACUUAAAAGAGACAUCUUUAGGAGUUAUUGAUAAGAAUAAUCAUGUGGAAAUUGCAAUCAAAACCUUACGCGAUGAACACUGUCGAACUAGUAAGCAUGAAUUCUUACGCGAGGCCUCAGUAAUGAUGCAUUUAAAGCACCAUUGUAUAGUCCAGUUAAUUGGACUAUCUAAAGGCGAGACUUUAAUGAUGAUACAGGAGCUCGUGCCUCUAGGAUCAAUGUUGCUCUUUAUACAGAAAAAUUCUAGGAAAAUUGAUCCAAAUCGAGAAUUGAAACUGUGGGCGUCUCAAAUAGCAUGUGGAAUGCAAUAUUUGGAGUCCCAGCAUUUUGUACAUCGGGAUUUAGCUGCUCGAAAUAUUCUACUAGCAUCAUUCCAUCAAGCUAAAAUAAGUGACUUUGGUUUAUCUCGAGCACUAGGGACAUGUAAUGACUUCUAUGAAGCCCAGCACGGCGGUAGAUGGCCCAUUAAAUGGUAUGCACCAGAGAGCUACAAAAAUGGAAUAUUCUCUAAUUCGAGUGAUGUUUGGUCUUAUGGAGUGACAUUGUGGGAAAUGUUUUCAUUAGGGGAAGCACCGUACGGUGAAAUGCUUGGUUCUGAAGCAGUAAAUUUAAUUGAAGAUGGGAAACGUCUGUUACAACCCACAUUUUGCCCUAAUAAUGUCUAUAAUAUUAUGGAAAAUUGCUGGCAAUAUAAUCCAAAAGAUCGACCCACAUUCAGUUUUUUGACCGAGUUUUUUACGAAAGAUCCGGAAUACCAAAAUAUAAUAGAACUUGUUAAAACAAAGAGUAUUAGUUGAACUGAAACGAGAUGUGCACAACAAAACGGCAGUUUAUAAAUAGUUGUGGCACAGUUAGUAUAGCUGGAGCAAUUUCAUAUGAAUUUCUAUAAUGAUUUUCAUUCUUGGAAGUUUUGAAAUCAAUUAAGGUCAUUUUAUAGAUUGAAUUUACGGAUAUCUGUCAACAUUUUAUUAGAAUUUAUAUUCUCCAUAUUUUUCGAGUCUCCAAUAGUUCACUUCUCUAGUAUCGGCAUUUUACAUAUCGCUCAUUUACAUGAAUAGUGUCAUAACUAAAAAAACACGAUUUUUGAGUUGAGUAUGCAGAAAUGUGCGCAAUUUCAUCGUCCAUAUUCUAUAAAAAUUGCAUUCUGAUGCGUAGAAAAAGAAAGCAUGAAAUAAGAAUAUUUUAACCACAACAACGACACAUCUCAGCUGUGCCAGAAUUAGGUAUGGUUUUUUUUU